GACGUCGCUGAUAAGCACCUCCGUAACCAUCCACCUUCCGCCUUGCAGCCAAGCCAAGGAGUGAAAAUCGCUCUCCGGGUUUCCUCCACGCACAGCCCGGUGUCCGCCGCUGCAGCAGGUCCAGCCCGCCCUGCUCUCAGAGAUUGGGCCGGAACCCGUUUUCCAGAUGAGCGACGGCGAGUGCGACUUCUUCUGCUUCUUCCGCUGCUGCUGAGCGCGCUCCGUUGCGCCUCAGUCAGACGGGAAGGAGGGGGCGGGGGGGGUGUGUCUCCACGCCGACGCGAAGUGGAAAAGAAGACGGGAAGUGAAGAGGAGGUGGGGGCGGGGCUUCAGCGGAACCCACUCGGCUAUAAGUGGACCUCUUCUGUCCGACAGGUAGGCGGCUGGUCUACCUGUGCGGGUGGUUGGCACCGUCGACCGGAUGUCUGUGGACAUGAACAGCCAGGCGUCGGACAGCAACGAGGAAGACUUUGGGGUGAACUCCGAGGAAGAGGAGGAUGAAGACGACGGAGGGGAGGAGGAGGACCCGGAGGAUAUGGACAACUAUUACGAGGGGGUGGCGGGUGACGUCGAGCAGCAGAGCGCCGACUACUUCGACCCAGAGGAGUACCACUUCACCUGCCUGACGUACAAAGAGAGCCAGAGAGCGUUGAUGGAGGAGGUGAACCGCGUGGCUGAUGAUCUGAAGGUUUCACCAUCAGUAGCAAAACUGAUUCUGGUGCAUUUUCACUGGCAGGUUUCACAAAUAGUGGAAAAAUGGAAGUCCAGCGCUUCACAGCUUUUGUCAGAAGCUCUGGUCCAGCCCAGCAGCUCGUGCAGAUUAGCCACUGCCCCUCAGUCCCUCCAGUGUGGCGUGUGUCUACAGAUCGUACGGCGGGACUCCCUGCUGGCACUGCCCUGUCAGCACUCCUUCUGCAAAGCAUGCUGGGAGCAGCACUGCACCGUCCUAGUCAAAGACGGCAUGGGAGUGGGUAUCUCCUGUAUGGCUCAGGACUGUUCCCUGCGGAUGCCAGAAGACUUUGUCCUCCCGCUGCUGCCAGGAGAGGAGCUGAAGGACAAAUACAGACGCUACCUCUUCAGAGACUACGUUGAGAGUCACUUCCAGCUGCAGUUGUGUCCCGGUGCCGACUGCCCCAUCGUCAUCAAGGUGCAGGAGCCCAGGGCGCGCAGGGUGCAGUGCAGCCGCUGCCAUGAAGUCUUCUGUUUCAAAUGCCGGCAGAUGUACCACGCACCUACAGACUGCGCCACGAUUCGUAAAUGGCUGACUAAAUGCGCAGAUGACUCAGAGACUGCAAACUACAUCAGCGCACACACUAAAGAUUGUCCAAAGUGCAAUAUCUGCAUUGAAAAGAACGGCGGGUGCAAUCACAUGCAAUGUUCCAAGUGCAAACACGACUUCUGCUGGAUGUGUCUUGGAGACUGGAAGACUCAUGGCAGUGAAUACUAUGAGUGCAGCCGUUACAAAGAAAACCCAGACAUAGUCAACCAGAGCCAGCAAGCUCAGGCCAGAGAGGCCCUCAAGAAAUACCUCUUCUAUUUUGAGAGGUGGGAGAAUCACAACAAGUCCCUGCAGUUAGAGGCUCAGACGUACCAGAGGAUCCAGGAGAAAAUCGAGGAGCGGGUAAUGAACAAUCUGGGAACUUGGAUCGACUGGCAGUACCUGCAUAACGCUGCAAAGCUGCUGGCCAAGUGUCGCUACACGCUGCAGUACACCUACCCUUAUGCCUAUUACAUGGAGUCUGGGCGCAAGAAGCUGUUUGAAUACCAGCAGGCCCAGCUGGAAGCAGAGAUAGAAAACCUGUCGUGGAAGGUGGAGCGGGCCGACAGCUACGAGCGAGGAGUGGUCGGAGGAGAGGGCGAGCUCAGUGCCAGCGACAGAGGGGAUCUGGAGAAUCAGAUGCACAUUGCUGAGCAGAAGCGACGCACGCUGCUGAAGGAUUUCCAAGACACCUGAAGCUCCAAUCGCGACUGCAAAGCACCAGCAUCCUCCCUCCUUUUUUUUUCUUCCUUGCCUCCUACCUUUGCUUCCUUCCAGGAUCAUCUGUUGUUGCAGUCAUACUUGCCCUCCCUCACCCCCCCCUCGGCACCCUUACACCUCUUUUGCUCUGUCGUUCCCUCCUCUUACCACCGUAAUGCUGCAGGGUCACAGAACAUCACUAUCGCGUCGCCGCCCUGUCUCAUUUCAUCCCCAUCUGUUUGAUAUAUUUGAGCAACAUUUGUUGUGGUUACAAUUGUUUCAACUCAUCAGAUCAGAUCUUGGGGGGGUUCACGGUUUGAGGUUUUGUGUCUGAAACCCGGGUUAAAAAUUGCUUUUGACAUAUGCAACUACAAGCAAUGUGUUGCCUGCUGGAGAUUAGGAAUCUUCCUGGGUAGUUUUUUUCUCUAUGAUAGCAGGAUUAUUGUUUGAGCCGCCGGAGUAGAAGCUUGUGCUAAUGUGUAGAGGAGGAAUAGGUGGUAGAAGAAUCACCUCUUUUUUUUUUUUUUUUUUUUUUUGCUUUAAGGCAGCAGUGCAAACAGUGAUUUUGUGGUUUUUAUAUAAACCUGACUGAUAUAUAAAUAUAUACAGGCACUUGCUAGGUCUUGCACCCGUGUUGAUAAUUUGAUCUGGGAAUUUUUAAAAAUGGAGUUUGUUCCAUGUGCCGCAUUAAAUUCAUGGAAGUGAUUUAAAUAAUUCCUAAAGAUGUAUUUUCUGGUUUACAUCAACUCAUGCGGCCCUCAAGUGGUUUAAGCUGAAAACAGAUGCUUCCUGUUUUUUGUUUUUUUUCUCCUUACAAACUGCUCUCAACGCCCUCCUCGACAUGCCUAACUUCAAACCAAAUCUAAAAGCAGUAAUAUUUACGUCCAAAAGAGUGGAGAAAAAUGUCAGGAUUUAGACGGCAGCUACUUUAAAUCUUUUUUUUUUAAUCACCGUUGUUUUCCUUCAGCUUUUACCGUAAUUUGGUGUUAGACCGAGACGCAAGGAGAUCAGACUACAGAUUUGUCAUUGUGAUGCUGAUUUUUAUCACCUUGAUAUGUUGAGCAAAUGUAGACUGAGACAUGCCCUCCUUCCUCGGAGGUCCAGCAUUACCUCCACCAAUCAGACGACAGAGCUGGUUUGAGCGUUACCUCUUUCACAUUCGUCAUUCACGAGCGCUACAGCACCUCCCACCAACACUCAGAUGGCGAGCACACGCCAACGCUCCCGUGCGCAAACACUCCACGAAAUAAAUAUUUGCUCUUUAUUUGCCCCCCCCCCUCCUCUCCUCUCCCAUUUCAUGCUCUCUCUUCUUACUUUUACCGUCAUCCCAGCGUUUCGUUUUUUGCUGUUCUUCUUCUGUUUUCCUUCAGCUCAUGUUGCUCACCUCUGAAAAAAUGGCUGUUGAUAGUUAGAUCAUCUAAAAAAAAAUUGAGAAAAAAAAGGAAAAAAAAAUACAAAAAAAAAAACUUGCUGUAAUUUUCAAUGGUUGUACAUUAAUACAGAAAUAGAGUUACUGAGAGUUUUUAAAACCGGA